AUUAGAGUGAAAUUUUGAGCGCAGUCGUGCGUGUACUACUACUUACCUGGUACUGAGCACCGUCCACCAAAUAAGAUACCAAAAGAGAAAGCAAUAUCACAGUCUGAAUGAUGUACAUCUUUGAACUGCGUUUGUGAGCUCGUUCUCAUUGAGAAUGCUUUUAACCUUUUAUGAGUCUUAAAGGUCAGUGGCGCAGGGACAUGAAAAAACACGUUUAAAAUCARGAAGUCUACUUUCAGGGGAGGACUGAGAUUGUGACCUUUCGUCAUAAUUAAAAUGAGAGUCGUAAUAAUUAAAAUGAGAAUUUCUUUCAAACGAAGGGAAACUUUAUUCAGCUUUAUAUUCAUUCAUUGCACGAAUAUUUUAUAUAGUUUCACUUUUGAGGACGUGAAUCAACAUUUUGCUAGCAAAUUACACAUCAACGUGAAAAAACACGCAUUCACACACUGAUCCCAAGGGGSAAGGAGUGAGUGGGAGGAUUUACGACUUUACAGCUGCAUAUGACGUCACAGUUCAAAGCGGAACCCCAAUAUUUUGRAUGYUGGGUACCCUGUGCUAAUUUGCUARGCAGCCAGGCCUUGGCUCCCUGUGGGAGACUAAGUCGAAURAGCGCGAAAAGCAAAAUAACAAAAAUGGAAGAGGCUACGUAUUUGAUAGUAAAUCGACAAUUAAAAGAUCUUGUACGCUUACAGGAGAAUAUGUUGGCUAAAGCUAAUGCCAUGUGCAACUCAAAAAAUGAAAAUGUUGUUCCACUAAGCGAUUAUGAAAGAUUGUCGAAUCAACUUGAGGACGAAAAACUUGAACACAUGAAGACCAAGGCAAAGCUUGCCAGUGAAAGCGAAAAGUUGGAGUUUGCCCUUGGUGAAAUUGAUAUUCUUACUAAACAAUUACAAAGAGAAAAGGAUGCAUUUGAGAAAGCGUUUGGAAACUUAAAGCACAUUGCCACGGAAGAAUCGCAAGCAAAAGCUGAAUUACUGAACAAAUGUGGAGAAAUGGAAGUUAUUUGCAGCAAACAAGAUGAUAUUUUGACAUCAAAAGAUGCAAAAAUCAAAGAUCUCAAAGYUCGUCUUGCUAAGCAGAAGGAAAAUCAUAAACAACAACUGUCUGAACUUGAAAUUCAACGUCAGCAGGAACGAUACAUAAUUAUGAACACAAAAGACACUAACAAUAAAAGACAAAAACGAGUAAGUUUUAGAUAAAGUAUGUUCAUGAUAUAUUGCUAAAUGCUAGAAAAAGAGAUCUGCUUAAUCUUACAUACAAAGAUAUGAAUAUGAGGAMUGCAYGSCACUAGUCUUACAUAAAUCUCAGUAAGAUCACCCAGGCCUAGUCUGCAUAGCAGGAUCAUGAAGACUUUUCCUAUUGAAUUACAUGUUGAAGAGCAACUUAUAUGAUAACAUUAAGUCUUCGAUUUUUAAUAUCAUUAUGGAUUGAAUAGGAUGGAGAACUGAAAAASUAUGUUAAAAUUGUUUAUUGCAAAAUGACCAUAUUACAAGAACAAUAGUCAUCAUAACAUUCUAAUAUUUUCAUAMUACCGAUAAGUAAGGUAAAUUAACAUUAUUUGAUGUACAUAUGUAUUUGUAGACAAGAACCAGCACUCAUUUAUAAAUAAAAUACACACAUAAUGCAAAAACUUUUUAUUUSCAUCAUUAUUACAAGA